AUGUGUUGCAACUACUACAGCAACUCCUGUGGCUAUGGCUGUGGAAACAGCUAUGGCUGUGGAUUUAGCCCCUAUUAUGGCUGUGGAUAUGACUGUGGCUAUGGAACCAGAUAUGGCUGUGGAUAUGGCUCUGGCUAUGGAUGUGGCUGUAGAUAUGGUUCCCAUUAUGGCUGUGGCUAUGGAACAAGAUAUGGCUGUGGAUAUGGCUCCUACUAUGGCUCUGGCUGUGGAUAUGGGACUCGCUAUGGCUGUGGCUAUGGCUCAGGAUACGGCUGUGGAUAUGGCUCCCCUUAUGGCUGUGUUUAUGGACCAGGAUAUGGCUGUGGAUAUGACACUGGCCGCUGCUGCUACUGGCCAGUUUGCUACUGGAGAUGUUAUUCU